GCCGCUGCUGCUCAAUUCAUUCACCAAUUGAAUGUUAUAGAUGAUUAGUCGAUAUUAGCUUGUGGCAAUGAUCUACGCUCUCAUGCAUUUACCUGAAUUAUUUACUCUCAAUCUUAUUUACGAUCAGUGGUGGCAUAGUGACAAUUGUUGUGACAGUCAUUCUCCGGACUUCGAGCAUCAGCAGAGAUAACGCAUAUAGCUGCGAUUAAACAUACGCAUUGAUUUUAUUAGUUGUAAGAACAGCUUCAAAUACAAUUAAACGUAUUUAAUAAACUUUGAUCGCCUGAAAACAGAAAGGCAGAGAGGAAAUUACCUUUAGGCACUUUUACAAAAGCAAGAAAGAUAAAAGAAGCACAAUGACGACAGUACAAACGCCACCCGAAGUGAAAAUGGGCGCGCUCGAUAUAAAACCAGAAUCCAGUGAUUUUGAUAUGAUGGCACUAACUAUGGCAGCUCUACGAUUCGUCAAUCCGUGGAGUGUCGAGACGAAACCAAAAUGGUCAAACAAAAUCGAGCCAGGCACCCCGGAGGCAAAAGACCGAGUCAUUUCUCUCGCUGAAGUUUCCUUACAUGAUACUCCGCAAGAUUGCUGGGUUGUUAUCUACGACCGCGUCUACGAUAUAUCAGCAUUCCUUGACGAGCAUCCUGGUGGCGCUGAUAUUAUGCUAGAGUACGCCGGCCAAGACGCAAGCACUGCGUUCAGAGGUUCAGGGCAUUCCAGUAUGGCCACCAAGGCUCUGGAGAGAUUCCUCGUGGGAGAGUUGCCAAUGCAUGAACGCAUGUACCGACGCCCCGGAGGAAUGCGACUUAGUGAUAUCCCCGAAUGAACAAUAUUUACACUUUGAAUAAUUAUGAAUAUCACCCACUGUGUAACUAUAUUUUAGCGUAUUAUUUGAGGUUCCUAUAUGUAAGAGUUAAAGCCCGCUUAGUGUUAAUGUGCUAGUUGAUAAAUAAGUUAUUAUUCGCCAGUUGCUGGGUCAUAUAACGGCAGAAGAUAUUAGUGUAAUAACCUUAAAAGCUAAAUUAUUAUUAUUGUAGAUGUGAAUGUUGGGUUAACCUCGUUGAUUAUGGUGUCAUAACUUUGAUAAACGUAUCAAGAGACUUUUAAGAAGUAUUAGCUGACAAUUUUUUCAAUAUUCACAAAUGGUGGAUUAGUUUUAAGGCUUCGCUACAGUAUUAAACUGAGUAUAUGUUUUCGCUUGAUACUAUGAAGUAUGUGGCGCAAGUUACUAUUAUUAUCUCUACUGAUAUUUUGUAAUAAAUAUUUUUUACUG